AGUGGGCCCAUUUAGUUUUCUCUCACAUCCUUCUGCGAGAGAGAAGAAAACGGAGCGCGGCCCACGGAGCGCGUAGCUCGCGAGUGGACAUCCCAAAUCGCCGGCAGCUUCAGAACUCAAACCCUUUUCCUUUUCCUCCUCUUUCUUCUCCAUUUCAAUUCGAGAAGAAGAAAUCGCGAUCAGUUGGGUUCUAGGAGAGAAUUUUUCAUUGGGAGUCGGGUUUUCUGCAUUCAGGUCUAGCUGGUUAGCUUUGUGUCAGUACAGAGAUCUGAAGUUCACAAUAUGAGUAGCAAGGGUCGUGUAAGAUGGAAUGAAGCAAACUUGGAUGAGAUUGAAGCAACCAAACCAGUGAGGCAGAAAAUCAACGAGCCUAAGACACCCUAUCAUCCUAUGAUUGAUGAUGAUGGUGGUAGCCCAUGUUCUUUGUCACCAAGACACGCUUUUGAUGAAUGCAUAGAUAAAUCUGCACACGCUGAAGCAAUUCUGACUGCUUUGAAUGAUGUUGCCUCCUCAAGCCAGCAUUCAACUAAUGGGAAUUGGACAUCUUCUGAAGAUGAAGCUGAUCCAAUGGAAGAAGUUGAAGAUUUUGAAACAGACAGAGGGAGGUUAAGUUUCAAGGAGCUUCGAAAGGCUCAUUACGAUGAAUUCCGAAAGGUUAAGGAACUCCAGCGUUCAGGAUCUCUUGUAGAUGAGGAGCUUGAAGAAAUGGAUAAUGGCGCUGAAAAAAGAAAGAAAUGCAUUCCUUCAACAAAUGGGUCUCAAGAAAGCCAGCAUGACAAUAAGGAGGGAUAGCAACGAAAUCUUGAAAUGUAUGUUUAAGAGUGUCACAAAGAGCUUUAAGUUUGUGAUGUGUGGGCUUUUGAAGUGUAAUCUUUCCCUUUUGAGUGAAGACAUGUGUGGCGAAUUCCUUUCUUAAUAAACAGUUCCUUUUGUAACUUGUAUUUUAAAUUUUUGAUUUGUACCUGUUUAAACACCGACUUCUUUCAGUUUCUAUUUGUUUUGCAAAAUUCAUUGAAAGAAAAUUGCUGUAUGAGUUGAGCA